AUGUCUUUGCAGAUCCACCAAUCGUUCUUCCUGUUAAGAAUCUCAGCAUCACAGGGGAUCCGUGCUUGUGCUCGUUCAGCAAACCACCGCCUUGACCUUCCUCGACUCCUUGGAGGCAUUCGUGAUGAGCAUGCGGUGAGACUUGCGGUAGGAGGAGUAACUAAUAACUUUCUUGAUCGUUCCAUCAUUGUCGAUUGUCUCUUUGACGGCGUCGAUGAACUCGUUGGGCCAAUGAAUGAUGUGGGCCUUUCGUUUAGCAGUAUAAUUCUCCUUGUUCUCAUAGGCCUUCCGUUUCCACCAAAUGACCACGGUCCUCUUGAUCCCAAACAAGGCAAUCACUUCCGCAGGCUUCUUCCCGGCGCGAAAAGAAGCUACUAUAGCUGCUCUUCACUCAUAUUUAAUCCUGGGAAAGGUGUUCAUUUCUUGUUCCUUAUUUCCUUUCAGUUUAAGUAUCUUUUUAUUUCUUUUACAGCCUGUCUCAUUCUUUUAUGCAUCUUUCUCUCUUUCUCUCUUUCUUUCCUUCUUUCUUUCUUUCUUUUUUCUUUCUUUCUUUCCCUCUUUCUUUCUUUCUUUCCCUCUUUCUUUCUUUCUUUCUUUCUUUCUUUCACACUUUCUUUCUUUCUUUCUUUCUUUCUUUCUUUCUUUCUUUCUUUCCUUCCCUCUUUCUUUCUCUCCCUCUUUCUUUCUUUCCCUCUUUCUUUCUUUCUUUCUUUCUUUCUUUUUUCUUUCUUUCUUUCUUUCCCUCUUUCUUUCCUUCUUUCUUUCUUUCUUUCUUUCUUUCCCUCUUUCUUUCUUUCUUUCUUUCUUUCCCUCUUUCUUUCUUUCCCUCUUUCUUUCUUUUCUUUCUUUCUUUCUUUCUUUCUUUUCUUUCUUUUCUUUCUUUCUUUCUUUCUUUCUUUCUUUCUUUCUUUCUUUCUUUUUCUUUCUUUCUUUCCCUCUUUCUUUCUUUCUUUCCCUCUUUCUUUCUUUCCCUCUUUCUUUCUUUCUUUCUUUCUUUCUUUCUUUCUUUCUUUCUUAAAAUUGAAUGUUUUCUCUUUUACAUGUGUUCGUUUCUUCUUCUUUCUUUCCUUCUAUUUUUCUUACAUUUUAGUCGAUUAUCCUUCUUUUCUGCCUUUGCAUUAUUCUUUUCCUUUCUUCCUUUCAUUUUCCUUCUUUUCGGUUUUUUGUCUUCUGUCACCAGUCCAAUUCUCUCUUUUUUCAUGUAUUUCUCUUUUCAUUUUCUUUCUUUCUUUCUUUCUUUCUAAAUAUUAUCAAAAAAGAACUCUAUCUAUCUAUCUAUCUAUCUAUCUAUCUAUCUAUCUAUCUAUCUAUCUAUCUAUGUACCAAUCAUCUAUCUAUCUAUCUAUGUCAUGA